AUGGCUGGGAGAUUGAGCGUUCUGCUGCUGAUAAUUAUUAAUGUUGUGGUAAAUGGAGCGGCGAUUGCGUCUGCGAUCAGGAGUGAGCAUAGAAACGCUUACGCUACGAUGAUGUAUAUGGGAACGCCAAGAGAUUACGAGUUCUACGUGGCCGCUCGCGUUAUGCUCAGAUCGCUAUCGAACCUAGCGGUGGACGCUGAUCUCGUCGUCAUUGCCUCCGUUGACGUUCCUCUCCCAUGGGUUCAAGCUUUUGAAGAGGAAGAUGGUGCAAAAGUUGUGAUAGUUGAGAAUCUAAACAAUCCUUACAAGAAUCAACCCAACUUCAACCAGAGAUUCAAAUUAACAUUGAAUAAAUUAUAUGCUUGGAAUUUGGAAGACUAUGAUCGUGUGCCUUCAAAUAAAGUGUUCAAAGAUAUGAUUGCGGAGUUGGAGAAUGGAAGACAGAAUACCGAUGGCGCCGAUCAGGGCUUCAUCGGAAGUUACUUCCCGGAAUUGCUCAAUGAACCCAUGUUUCAUCCACCUUCUAACAAUACAAAGCUUAAUGGGAAUUACAGGCUUCCUUUAGGAUAUCAAAUGGAUGCAACAUAUUAUUAUCUAAGGUUGAGAUGGAAUGUACCAUGUGGUCCCAACAGUGUGAUUACAUUCCCUGGUGCACCCUGGUUGAAACCAUGGUACUGGUGGUCGUGGCCGGUUCUUCCACUCGGUCUCAAAUGGCAUCAACAACGUUAUCAAACUAUCGGUUAUGGUUCAGAGAUGCCUUUAGUGUUUCUUCAAGCGGCUAUUUACUUAGGAAUAAUAGCCGUGACUCGUAUUGCCCGUCCCAAUUUAGCCAAGUUGUGUUACAAAAGGUUGGCGGAUAAGAACAUUUCAGGUAUACAACAAAUGGGGAUUAAAAUGUUGGCAAUGUGGUUCAUCGUUGGUUCAUACACAAUCCCGUUUUUCAUCAUUCCUAGUACGGUUCAUCCAAUCGUGGGAUGGGCACUUUACUUGCUAGGAGCUUUUACGUUGUCUUUAGUCACUAAUAGUGUAUUUCUUCUCCCAAUUUUACCAGUUUUAGUGCCCUGGUUUGGGAUAUUUGGGGUGCUCUUAGUUAUGGCUUGCCCUUGGUAUAAGGAUGGGGUGGUGAGGGCUUUGUCGGUGUUUGGAUAUGGUUUUUGUGCUGCUCCUGCUCUUUGGGUUGCGAUGAAUAAGGUAAUGAGGAGUCUUCGAGUUUCUAUUGACAGGGAAGUGUUGUUGCCCAGAAUGGCGGACGAAACAGAGUUAUCAUUGUCGGGGUUUAACAAAUUGUAUUGACAUUGGAGAAGAUUAAAUGGAAAUUAAUUAGUUGUUGUUGAA